AAUUAGGGGAUAAUUUGCCGGCAAAAACAAAAACAAUAAUCAACGUCAACUUUGUUCUUAAAUUCUUUGACAGAUCGAUCUUAUUGCUCCGAUACGAUCUUCCUUCUACGUCAUACCGACUUUCUCUCUCCUCGUUACCGGCGGCUUCUUUAAUCGCUCAAUUUCCGGUAAUUUAAGAUGGGGGUAAAGCAAGCUAUAAAGAAACUCGAUGCGUUUCCUCGACCUGAAGAGCAUUUGUUGCAGAAGACACAAUCAGGAGCUAUUGUUUCUAUCAUUGGCUUAGUCAUUAUGGCGACACUGUUUAUACACGAGUUAAGAUAUUAUUUGACUACUUAUACUGUAAAUCAGAUGUCCGUGGAUUUGAAGCGGGGUGAAACUCUUCCAAUACACAUAAAUAUGACAUUUCCUUCCUUACCAUGUGAUGUUCUUAGUGUUGAUGCUAUAGAUAUGUCUGGAAAGCACGAGGUGGAUCUUGAUACAAACAUAUGGAAACUUCGCUUGAGUAGUGAUGGCCAUAUCAUUGGGACUGAAUAUUUGUCAGACUUGGUGGAAAAGGGGCAUGCUCAUGGCCACUCUCAUGACCACUCUCAUGACCAUGGUCAUGAUAAACAUGAGCAUGAAGAUCCUAAAGAUCAGAAGAACCGUGAUCAUAAAGAUGAUCAUGGGAAUCAGAAGGAUAGUGAUAAUAAAACUGAGCACGAGGUUCAGAAGGAUGGUGAUCAUAAAGAUGAGCAUGGUGUUCAGAAGGAUGGUGAUCAUAAAGAUGAGCAUGGUGUUCAGAAGGAUGGUGAUCAUAAAGAUGAGCACAAUGAUCAGAAGGAUAGUGACCAUAAAGAUAAGCCUGUGGAAUUGAAACAUAAAAGUCAUCUGCAAAGCUUUGAUGCAGAGACUGAAAGCAUGGUCAAAAAAGUUAAGCAGGCAAUGGCUAAUGGAGAAGGAUGUCGGGUGUAUGGUGUUUUAGAUGUGCAAAGGGUUGCUGGGAACUUCCAUAUCUCGGUCCAUGGACUGAACAUUUUUGUUGCUCAGAUGAUUUUUGAUGGAUCAAAUCAUGUAAAUGUUAGCCACAUCAUUCAUGAUUUAUCAUUUGGCCCAAAAUAUCCCGGAAUUCAUAACCCCCUCGAUGGGACAUCUCGUAUCUUACGUGGUGCUAGUGGCACCUAUAAGUACUAUAUAAAGAUUGUUCCUACCGAGUACAGAUACAUCUCAAAAGAUGUCUUGCCAACCAAUCAGUUUUCCGUUACAGAGUACUUUUCACCUAUGAAAGAUUUUGAUAGAACAUGGCCAGCUGUUUACUUCUUGUAUGAUUUAUCACCUAUCACUGUGACAAUCAGAGAAGAACGCCGAAGUUUUCUUCAUUUCCUUACUCGGCUUUGUGCAGUACUGGGAGGUACCUUUGCUUUGACAGGAAUGCUAGAUCGCUGGAUGUAUAGGUUUGUUGAGGCGGUGAUGAAGCCAACUAAGAGGAUGGUAUUCUAAUCAAAAUGCAAAGUUUGAGUUUGAUCGAAAUGCAGCAUUGAGUUGGUGAACUUCAUACGCAUCUCCAAUGGGUCAAUUAAUGGACAGAAGCGUAUACUGUGUCAUUUUACAUCCCUGAGGAAGAAAACAUGUUUUUGGUUGCCCUUUUGAUAUGCCCACAUCUUUGAGUUGGCUUCUUUGAUGAUCAGUUCGAACAACAUUACGGUCGUUAUUAUACAGUAAUAGAUUAUGCCAUGCCAAUUGUAUCCUUUAGGUUUUUAAGAAAUACACAUUCUAGGCUUGUAUGAUAGCGUCUGUAACGAACUUUUUGCCAUUAUUGAACAGUGUAAGCUGAUUAGGGUUCGAGUUAGGUUUUUCUUGUGAUGCUGACCUCAUAAAGAUAAUUUUAUUUCUUCCUUAACUCCAAAGGAAGUUUAUAUUAUGAGUGUGUUUUUUGUAAA